UCGACCCCAGGUGCUGCUCUGCCUCUCUCCCUCCCUCCCUUCCAGGGAAGACCGUUUCUUGUCUGACUCCUGCCAUCGAAAGAGACUCCAAUGGACUUACACCGGGCAGCCUUCAAGAUGGAGAACUCAUCCUACCUUCCCAACCCAUUGGCAUCCCCAGCCCUGAUGGUCCUGGCAUCGACAGCAGAGGCCAGCCGGGAUGCCUCCAUCCCUUGCCAACAGCCCCGACCCUUUGGGGUUCCUGUCUCCGUAGAUAAGGAUGUGCAUAUCCCCUUCACCAAUGGCUCCUAUACUUUUGCCUCCAUGUACCACAGGCAAAGUGGGGUGCCUGGCACCUUUGCCAACCGUGACUUUCCCCCUUCCUUGCUGCACCUCCACCCCCAGUUUGCACCCCCAAACCUAGACUGUAGCCCCAUCAGCAUGCUAAACCACAGUGGCGUGGGGGCUUUCCGCCCCUUUGCCUCCACUGAGGACCGGGAGAGCUACCAGUCGGCCUUCACACCUGCCAAACGACUCAAGAACUGCCAUGACACAGAGUCGCCCCACCUGCGUUUUUCUGAUGCAGAUGGCAAAGAGUAUGACUUUGGGGCCCAGCUGCCUUCAGGAUCCCCCAGCUCCCUCAAGGUGGAUGACACUGGCAAGAAGAUCUUUGCUGUUUCUGGCCUCAUUUCUGACCGGGAGACUUCAUCCAGCCCAGAGGACAGAAAUGAUAGAUCCCCCAACAUGAACACCAUUUUUUUCUCUUCACUUUAUGAUGCCGGGGAGAGUAAUAGAGACGUUGCAACUCUCUCCCCUGUCGGCCCCGCUUCCUCUGGCUGUCUCCUUGAAUUAGGCACUGUGUUAACUUCCCAGCGCUAAAAGGCAUCUGCCUAAAC